AUGCCUUCCCAAUCAAACGAGAUGUUAUCUUAUGAAGUUUUUGCUGAAAAUCCCUCACAUGUAACGAAUUGUCCAGAGGGGGAGCCUCUCUUUCAAGAAGAAACGGGCAAACGUGGUCGACAAGAUUUAUUACCAAAUAUACGUCGCAAAGUAUCAAAAACUAUAAGAAGGAAACCACGUCUAUCUGAAUCUUCAAUGUCACAGAAUCAAGGAGAAUCUGGGCCUACAUCUUCGUCAUCCGUUUAUGGAUCCCCUGUCAAUAGUAAAUCUGGAAGUAUAAAAGAUUCACCAUCCCAUUCAACCUUGAAUCCUUUUGCGGAUUCCAAGGAUUUUGUGGAUAGAUCUGAUAAUGAUCUUGCAAUGCGUAAAAGAAUUGCUGAAUUGACGAUGACUACCGAAAAUUUGCGAAAGGAUUUAAAGCACAUGAAUAGUAUCGUCAACGAUCGUUUAAUUCCGGAAGUUCGUAAUUUGACAGAGGAUUUACAAAAGCAUCAUGCUCAUGUUAUACAAUUGACCCAGUUGGUUUACCAUACUUCACCUGAAAGUAUUCAAUUGCUUCAGGAAGUUAGUCGUGGGUAUACUAGACCAUUAUCAUCAUCACAACAUGAUAUACCGUCGUCAAAACGUAUACGUUAUGAUGAUAAACAGACAUCUGUCAAGAGUGAACAGUCUAGCUUGACAUCACCGUCUGUUCAGAAUGCACCAACAGUGCCUUCAUCGAUUCCUUCUAAUUAUGGUGUCUAUACAACUCACCAAAACCAUCCUGGAAAUAAUUUAAUGAGUGGUAAUGACUCUUCAAUCACUGGUUCGUCAAUACAACCGACACCCUCAGUGUCUCAAUCCUUAACCAUAUCACCAGAUUCACAUCCUGCAUAUAAUAUGUCAGGAUCUUCUAUUAUUGGAGAUUUUCAACAUUCCUCCCAUAACGCUCACCCCGGUCUUACAGGUUAUAACGAACCCUGGAAUACAACGCCUGUCUUGAUACAGGAUCCCGUCAAUACUGUUCCAAGCUCGAAUAUGUCUUCUUUUUUAUUUCCUGCGACGACAACAUCACAUUCUCCAUUAGUGUUUAAUAAUAAUUCUUCACCCCAUCAACAACAAUCUCCUCCGCACUCUCAACAUUCGCAACAACAUUCGCCUGCAUCUUCGAUAGGUUCUUUGAGUCCUACCGAGUAUGUUAGUAACCCUGGUGCUGUAAACACAGGUGAUAUUAUUUCGAAUGUUGUUGCUGCCACCGCAAAUUCAAAUGAUAGUCAUAAUAGUGGUGAAAACAGUCCUCAUCAACAUGGAGAUGUCAUAGUUGCCGUCUCACCAUCGUCAACUACAUCGUCAUCCCCGAUCUCUAC